UAUAGGCCUGCAAAAUAUCAAUGUUUUGACUGGAUUUGCUGUUUAGAUGCCCCUUAAGAGGAGUAGCCGGUACAUUGUUGUAUCUACAGAUGGACGGACGAUCUGAUGCCAGUACAUGUAUACCCCCCCUAACUUCGUUGCGGGGGGUAUAAUUAUGUGAGAAUUAAGAUCUGAUAACUUUUCUUUUUGUUUGGUAAGUUCAUAUAUUUCAAAUGCAGAGCUAAUGGAAGGUACAAGGUCCUUGAUAUAUAGGACUUUACAGAACCAUUAACAUCCUUGGUAUAUAUGGGCUUCCAUAGACUGCUAUUCCAUGCUUCCAUACUUUAUUACGACCACACUCAGCAUUUAAAGCCCAGCAAUCCCCAUUUAUCUCUGGGCCACAAAGACCCACAGUGGUACUCUGUGAUGGGGAGAGUGGCUAUCGGUGGUGUUUAUGGCCAUACAUCUGGUCAUUGACAGCAUCUUGUAUAUAUUUACUGCAUACCUGGACACAGGACGAUACAUCCAAACAGCUAGUAUUUGUGUGGUAUGAGGUAUAGUGAACGGGAAUGACCGGUAACGUGACCCUUGACCCCUGGACUGGAGAUUGGACAGAUGAGGUGGUCACGCAGAGGGACAGGCAGCUGGCUCUGUGGUCAGCAGUGGACAAGGGUAACCUGACCACUGUCCGAGCCAUGAUUGACCAUGGAAUGGACGUCAACACCUCAGAUAUGCAUGGCAACCUAGUGUUACAUACGGCUGUCAUCUGGCAGUCAUCGGAAAUGGUCAAGGAGCUGAUAGAUGCUGGUGCAGAUGUCAACAGACAGAAUGAUAAUGGACAGACUCCAUUACACCUUGCUGCAGACAGAGGUAAACCCUAUGCUGUUCUACAACUUCUAGAGUCCGGGACAUACUCCGACAUCAAAACAAAGUACAGUGAAAUGACUGCUUUACACCUUGCUGCCAAGAGUGGACAUCACAACAUUGUUCGUUUGCUGCUUGACCAUAACUCAAACCCUAACACACAAGACUGUAUAGGUAAAAUUCCAGAGUUUUAUGCAGCAAAUAUACCCACAAAGAAAGAAUUUGAAGAGUGGAGAAAGAAAAACGGAGAAAUAACCAACAGUGACAAUAAAACAAGUUCUUCUGUACAUUAUGUGUUUGUGAAAGAGCAGGACCUCAAUAUCCCUGGUAAUUACAGAAAACCAACAGUGGAACGUUCAGGUUAUCCUGACUCAAAACAGAACUCUUCACCUGAUACACAAACUGUGUCAAAAACACACUCAGACCGAAGAUUAACAGCGACACUCAACAAGGACACGAAAGGUCACUCAGUACAGCCGAACACGAACAGGAAAGAACAACCUAAACGUGAUUUGAUUGGUCAAUCAGUAUCAUCUAACAAGAAUAUAUUAAAAGGAUCCAACAGAGACACAAAAGGUCAUUCAGUGCAUUUCGGCAAUGAUUCUAAUAAAAGAAAAGAAGCUGAAACUAAGAAAGCUAUCAACGCUAAAAAGACCCCGACCUCCAGUCACAAUGUCAACUGGAAGCUAGAGUUCUCUAAAGAACAUCAGGAACGCAUGGCUACCAAUGUGUUUGACAGACUGGCAGGCAAGAAAAAGUGAAUCAGCUCAAUAUACCAGCGAUCAGUUCUUGACUGGAAUAAAGCAUACCAUCCUUAUUAUCCACUUAACAGCUAAGGUUAAUCUAUAAUUCCAUGCUGAUCACAUUCUGGAUGUAAGCGAAGUUUCUUAUUUCAACUGACCUUGGUCUGUUGGGCUUUUCUCGAAAGGAAAACACAAAAUGAACACUAUUUUUGUUCUUUGAAUUAGCAGUAAUUUAUAUGCCAUAGCAAUUUGUUUACGAUUAGUUAUUCUUAUUUAUCACAUGACUCUUGGGUAAUGUAAAUAAAAAUGUUUCAAGCUUACGAAUGUCCUAUAUUACUUGUGUCAAUGUUAUGGCGACUGAGGAUAAUUAUUCGGGUAUGGACAAGCUUGCUAUUUAUGCAAGGUACAGUGAUAUUGUAUCAACAUACUUACUUAAAAACAUUAAACAAAAUCUGAUACGCCACGUGAUAGAAUUUGCACACUGUGGUGAGUAACCACUUUGAAAGCCUCCAAUUGGUCAUUUCUGACCUCGAACAAUUCUUAUUGGAUAACAGUCUGGCUUUUUACCAUAGACUACUUUUACUACUCUCACUUAUUCUUUUUGGUGUGUGUCAUUCAAAAGAUCAACAUAGACAUAUUUUGUGGAUUUACCGGGGGUUAAGUUUGGCAUGACUGGGCGAGAGGGGUGUCCUCAUGGAAAGGUCAAUUAAUCUUGGAUUUGAGUUGUACAAAAUAGAAUUUGAUGUUAAAAUAGACUAUGCAUGGAAGUAAGAUAUUGCAUUGAACAUCGCGAAAGAAAACUGACCCCCCUCCCCCCUGGUGAUUCCAUAUUUGCAAUGGACCUCAAUAGCCAUCUAUGAAACAGGAAAACCAAACAUAACAAAUGUACGACACAAAAGCUUGUGUCUUUUCUAAGUUUGAAAAUCAACUAACUCGAGUUAUAUAAACAUGGUAAACAACUGUCAAAAGUUUGAGAACCUCUAUAUAACAACUUAUAUUAAUCACUCUCGUUGGUCUGGAUGGAAGAGUACGAGGGGUUUUACUGUGGGAGGCAACUGGAGUAUCUGAAUAAAGCCCACAUGGUCUGGUAGGUGACCCAACACCUUUUCGUAUCUGACCCGGGAAUCGAACCCCAGCCACCUAGGUGAAAGGCAAGUGUGUUACCACUGUGCCACCCGACCACCCAUAUUAACUAAAUGGCAUUAACUUACUUUUUCUAUAAUAUUGUAAAAUAAAGAUAAUAUGAUUAAUAAUUUUACAAGGACAUUGUUCUACUAUAAGGCGACUCACCAUUUGUACAAUUAUGUACUCACUAUUUGUGUAAUUAUGUACUCACUAUCUGUACAAUUAUGUACUCACUAUUUGUACAAUUAUGUACUCACUAUCUGUACCAUUAUGUACUCACUAUUUGUACAAUUAUGUACUCACUAAUUUGUGUAAUUAAUACUCACUAUCUGUACAAUUAUGUACUCACUAUUUGUACAAUUAUGUACUCACUAUUUGUGUAAUUAAUACUCACUGUUAGUACAAUUAUGUACUCAUUAUCUGUACAAUUAUGUACUCAUUAUCUGUACAAUUAUGUACUCCCUAUUUAUGUAAUUAUGUACUCACUAUUUGUGUAAUUAUGUACUCACUAUUUGUACAAUUAUGUACUCACUAUCUGUACAAUUAUGUACUCACUAUCCGUACAAUUAUGUACUCACUAUUUGUACAAUUAUGUACUCACUAUCUGUACAAUUAUGUACUCACUAUCCGUACAAUUAUGUACUCACUAUUUGUACAAUUAUGUACUCACUAUCCGUACAAUUAUUUACUCACUAUCUGUACAAUUAUGUACUCACUAUUUGUGUAAUUAUGUACUCACUAUCUGUACAAUUAUGUACUCAUUAUUUAUACAAUUAUGUACUCACUAUCUGUACCAUUAUGUACUCACUAUCUGUACAAUUAUGUACUCACUAUCUGUACCAUUAUGUACUCACUAUUUGUACAAUUAUGUACUCACUAUCUGUACAAUUAUGUACUCACUAUAUGUGUAAUUAUGUACUCACUAUUUGUGUAAUUAAUACUCACUAAUUGUACAAUUACUGUACAAUUAUGUACUCACUAUCUGUGUAAUUAUGUACUCACUAUUUGUGUAAUUAAUACUC